UGCUCUGGGUACUCUAGCUGCCUCUCUCCUCUCUCCUGCCUUUUUCUAUCUCCCAAUGCUGCAGGGGACAGGACCUCAGGGAGGUGGGGUGGUAGGAAUCUCUAGAACCAGACUGCUCAAACGCGGGGUGUGGACAUCCUGUCCUGGGCCUUUCCCUCCCCUGCCUCCCUACACCGCUGCUGACUUCCGAAGAGCAGACACUGACGCUGUCCCCUCCAUCUCUUUUCCUCACCCAGAAUUCCCCUACACCCCGUCUCCUGAACAUGGGCGGCGUUCGGGACAGGUGCCCACAGCCAUCAUUGGGGGCGUGGCAGGGAGCGUCCUGCUGGUACUGAUUGUGGUUGGAGGGAUCGUAGUGGCCCUGCGCCGGCGCCGGCACACCUUCAAGGGCGACUACAGCACCAAGAAGCAUGUAUACGGCAAUGGGUACAGCAAGGCAGGAAUCCCCCAGCAUCACCCGCCCAUGGCACAGAACCUGCAGUACCCGGAUGACUCAGAUGAUGAAAAGAAGGCCGGCCCACUGGGCGGGAGCAGCUAUGAGGAGGAAGAAGAGGAGGAGGGCGGUGGAGGGGGCGAACGCAAGGUGGGCGGACCCCACCCCAAAUAUGACGAGGACGCCAAACGGCCCUACUUCACUGUGGAUGAAGCUGAGGCCCGUCAGGACGGCUAUGGGGACCGGACUCUGGGCUACCAGUAUGACCCUGAACAGCUGGACUUGGCUGAGAACAUGGUUUCUCAGAACGAUGGGUCUUUCAUUUCCAAGAAGGAGUGGUAUGUGUAGCCCCGCCUUCUGGAGCCUCUGUCUGUGCCCACUUCUCCCCGGCCCCUACCCGCACGACCCCUGCCCACCCCCACAGCCCACUACCCCAGGAGCUCGACAGAGACUUGACCAGCUGCCCUCAACCAGCCCCAAACUCCUGGGGAGCCAGGGGAGCUCAGGGCAGACCCCACUUGGCUUCGUUUUUUUGUUUCCUCCCUCCCCCACCCGUCCGCCACGGUGUUGUGCUUGACUGUGACUUGGGUGUUGCUGUAUCUCUCCUUUAAGGACCCCAUCCACUGCCCUCUGUGCAAGGAGCCCUGUUCUUGUCUUGUGUACUCCGGCAUCCCUCCAGGGUUUAGGGAGCCAGUCCUCUCCUGUCCCCCAACACUGGAAUUUGUUUGUGUUCUCUUCAUUGGGGGUGGAGGGCAGAGGGGGCUUCAGGAUGAAGAAUGCCCUCACCCCACCCCAUAUGCUGCUCCUCUUCCCAGAGAGAAGUCACCCAAUGGCCCCCGACUCUAAGCUGAUGCAGCCAGUGCACCUAAGAGGUGUUAGGGGAGUUCUCCAUGGUACCCAGGGGCGUCUUGUCUGUGAAAUAAUGGAGCUGAGGUUCCUCCUGGGGUCCUGGGCAGUAUGUUUUCCUGGUGAGGGUGGCUUUAUGUUUCCUUUUUUUCCUUCUGGCCUACAAAAUGAGGUUGGCCUAGCUCUCAUAUACCCCUUUCCUUUACCCCUAGUCCCUUCUCUACACAGUGGGUGACCCUGUGUGGACUCUCCCCACAGUUCCUAUAUGCCUCCACCAACACAUGCACACGCACACACCACUGGGUCUGUGCCAGUCUCCCACAGUGCUCUCACGCCUUGUCCAGGCUAAACACUGCCCCAGGCCCUACACUCUGCUCCGGCUCUCACGUCUUCCCAGCUCAGGGAAGUCCACAGAAGUGUCCAGAGACAGCUAGGAUGGACCCCCAGCACGUUUCUCGGAUUCCUCUUUAUCUGUCAAGAGCUCACAACACUUGACUCUUCUGGAAAGCCAGGGCUGGGACCUCAGGAAGGAAUUUGAGGCCAAGAAGUAUUUAUAUGGCGAGGGCAGCCUCGUGGAAGUGCUGCAAACCAUCUGGGGACUGCAGGGGACUGCUAAUGUCUCAUACAGGAAGGCCAGCACACAUGUCACAGGUCUCCAAGAAAGUGCAGGGGCACCCAGGGACCCGCUGCUUGCCCACAGUCCGACCCCUACUCAGUUCCUCCUGGUGCCAUACUGAGAUGAGGGGGACCGUGGAAGGGCCUGCCUUUGCAUGCAGACUCCCCCUUUGAAUGGGACUCUGGCUUCUUCAGCCAUCUGGGCUUGGGCUUUCCCUUGAGUGCACGAAGAACAGCCCCCUCCCAGCCCUCUGUCCCAAAGCUCAAAGUGCCUCAGUUUUUCCAUCUGCGCCCCCAGACUCCCCACCUUCUAAAUGGGCAUGCCUAUGCCCUGGGGUAGGCAGAGUGGGCUGCAAGAGCCUUAGGGCCUGCCUGCUAGGAUCUCCGCAGCAAGCGUGGGGGGGGGGGCGGCCCAGACCAUUCUGUGCCCCACGGGCACUGACCCACCCUGCCAUAGGCUUCCUAAAGGGAGCCCCAGUCCUCAACCCACUCCCCUCCCUGGUGCUGCUAUUGAACUCCCAGUCCAAGCGCCAUCUCUGGCACCCCUCAGCCCACCAGCUGGGGCCCUUUCACCAGGCCCUCACUGCCCUAGUCCCAGCCCAGGCCGCCCAGUAGCCACGUAGCAGAAGUCUGAAGCCAUGCUAGCCCUGUGGUGGCUCUCCCUUCUUGGAGUGUGGGGACGCUGGAUGGGGUGGAGUUUGGGGAAGAAAAUUCUGGGGCCUUUCUAGCCACAGGGCAGAGGAAGAUGGAGGAGCUGGGCUGCUUCUCCCAGCAGUAUUAACGCCCCUCCUGUGUCUCAAUUCCCUCCUCCCCAUGCCCAUUCUGGCCCCUCUGCUUGGUCCCCUUACCCCCACGGCAGGAGGCAGAAGCUUGACUGCCCCAUAGAGGCAUUUCUGUCCCUAUGGAACCGUAAGACUGAAAGGACUCACCCUCCUGCCUGUCUCUGUCACCUUUCACUGUUACCCCCUUGUUCCUUAUUUUGUGACGGACUGAGGAGGCCCUGGGCCCGGACAAAGCACCUAAGCUCCCCUUAAGACACCUGCACGCCUUCCCCCACCCCAAGCAAAGCACAAUUUAUGGGGUCCCUGCAGCAGGAUCCCAUCUGUGGCACUGGUACCAGCCCUCUUACCUGGGCUAAGAGGGGAAAUGAGGCAGGAGUCAGUAGCUGGGCCUAAAGAGGACGGGCUUUCUUUGCCCUAUGUGUGUGUGUGUUGGGGCGGGGCGGGGGGUUGGGGGGUGGUGAGGAACGACAGUGGCUACAUCCCACUAACAGUGGAAGACCCAGAGCAGCAGAACGGAGGGCAUUCAGCCUCACCGCCGUGCCCCAACCCAAGCUGAGCACCUGCCUUACUGCACAGAGAAUAAACUUGGUGUGUUAACUGUGCCAAGGCCUCUUGGGUUGUCAUCUGUGCUGCCCCUGGACUCCUGUUUCCCUACAGAUUUUGAUAUUGUUCUGAAGUUCAACAACCCUCUGAGUCUCUUUUGCCCAGACAGACCUGGAAAGAACAGAGCAGCACACAAUCAGUGAACACAUGCCCAGCACACUGACACACACACGCCUUCCACAGACCAAGCACAGGUGUGUGUGUG